UUACAUUAAAGCAUGCCCAAACCCACCACCUCUCUUCCCUUCACUUGUCGGCAACCACAAGAAAGAUUGUCCAUCAAUUCUGUUUCAUUUACUCAACAUAAAGUGUAGAGUCAAGCUGAAUGAGUGCAGCUGAGGAUCACAAGUUAAGAUCUACCCUGAUUUUAGCUUUGUAAAUUCCGUAAGCAAAAAGAUCAAAUGUUGGUCCAAGAUCGUGCAGUUCCCAAAUCUUCUAAGCCUUCCCAGAUCAGAACCCUCCCUACAACUCAACCCAACAGGUUCUCUGAGUCCAAAAACCUCGAUUUUUCCAUAUGGGUUUCCGAGAAUUUCUACAGAAUCAUAUCAAUCUUUGUCCUAAUCUCCACCGUGGCCGCCGUUUUCUUCCUCUACAGUUCCACCGACACGGCUUCCUUCAUUUGCCUCCAAUCACGGACCCAACGCGCCAUGGAUUCCAUAUCUCUCCCUCAAAUCAACUGGAAUUCGGUCAAACCCAUUACUGACAAGACUUCUCCGUACGCUAAUUUCAGAUCGGAGCAGUGGAUAGUUGUCUCCGUUUCGAGUUACCCGUCCGAUGCGUUGCAAAAGAUGGUGAAGAUUAAAGGGUGGCAGGUUUUGGCAAUUGGGAAUUCGAGGACUCCCAGAGACUGGAGCUUAAAAGGUGCGAUUUUUUUGUCCUUAGAUACGCAGGCUAGUUUGGGUUUCCGUGUUGUGGAUCAUUUGCCUUAUGAUUCUUAUGUUAGAAAAAGUGUUGGCUAUUUGUUUGCGAUUCAACAUGGUGCUAAAAAGAUCUUUGAUGCCGAUGAUCGGGGUGAAGUGAUUGAUAAUGAUAUACGGAAGCAUUUUGAUGUAGAAUUGGUGGGGGAAGGAGCCAGGCAAGAAGUUAUAUUGCAGUAUAAGCAUGAUAACCCUGAUAGGAAAAUAGUCAACCCUUAUAUUCAUUUCGGGCAACGGUCGGUUUGGCCUAGGGGGUUACCAUUAGAGAAUGUAGGUGAAAUUGGACAUGAGGAGUUUUACACUGAGGUUUUUGGUGGGAAACAGUUUAUACAGCAAGGAAUUUCGAAUGGGUUACCGGAUGUUGAUUCGGUGUUUUAUUUUACUAGGAAGUCGGGAUUGGAAGCCUUUGAUAUUAGGUUUGAUGAGCAUGCGCCCAAAGUGGCACUGCCGCAAGGAAUGAUGGUGCCGGUGAAUUCAUUUAAUACAAUUUACCAUUCAUCAGCAUUUUGGGCCUUGAUGCUCCCUGUUUCUGUUAGCACAAUGGCUUCAGAUGUAUUGAGGGGUUAUUGGGGGCAGAGGCUUUUGUGGGAGAUUGGUGGUUAUGUAGCUGUGUAUCCACCUACGGUUCAUCGGUAUGACAGAAUCGAGGCAUACCCCUUUUCUGAUGAGAAGGAUCUUCAUCUGAAUGUAGGUCGUUUGAUCAAAUUCCUGGUGUCAUGGAGAUCAAAUAAGCAUAGGUUGUUUGAGAAGAUAUUGGAAUUGAGUUAUGCUAUGGCAGAGGAGGGGUUUUGGACUGUGCAGGACCUCAAGUUUACUGCUGCUUGGCUUCAAGACUUGCUUGCUGUAGGUUAUCAGCAGCCAAGGUUGAUGACAUUAGAAUUGGACCGACCACGGGCAACUAUCGGUCAUGGGGAUCGAAAAGAAUUUAUCCCUCAGAGACUGCCAUCUGUCCAUCUAGCGGUGGAAGAAACGGGAACAGUUAGUUCUGAGAUUGGGAAUUUGAUUCGUUGGAGGAAGAAUUUCGGAAAUGUUGUACUUAUCAUGUUCUGCAAUGGUCCUGUGGAACGUACUGCCUUGGAGUGGAGAUUGCUUUAUGGGCGGAUAUUUAAAACUGUGGUUAUUUUGUCUGCAAAGAAGAAUUCAGAUCUUGCUGUUGAAGAAGGACAAUUAGAUCACCUUUACAAGCAGAUGCCCAAGAUAUUUAAUCAGUUCCCUAGUGCGGACGGCUUUUUAUUUGUUGAAGAUGAUACCGUGCUUAAUUACUGGAAUCUACUACAGGCAGACAAGGCUAAGCUAUGGAUUACAGAUAAGGUACCCAUGUCUUGGUCAACCACGACAACCAAAGAAAAUUCGGAUUGGUAUUCAAAGCAAGCAGACAUGGUCAACAAAGUUGUUAGUACAAUGCCAGUUCACUUCCAAGUAAACUAUAAAGAAGUUGUGAAGAAUGAGCAGAGCCUAAUAAUUUGCAGUUCGGAGAUAUUCUACGUUCCUCGGCACUUUGUGGCUGACUUUGUUGAUCUCGUUAACCAGGUCGGGCAAUUAGAUAUCCAUCAAAAGGUUGCUGUACCCAUGUUCUUUGUGUCAAUGGAUUCACCCGGGAACUUCGAUUCGGUGCUGAGUACAAUGGUGUAUAAGCAAGAUCUACCUUCAACUAAUUCUUCUUCAACACAUUAUUCGGCACAAGCACCGGCAGUUCAUCCAUGGAAGGUGUCGAGUGAAGAGGAAUUCAUAAAGCUAAUAAGAAUAAUGGCGGAAGGUGAUCCCUUCCUAAUGGAAUUAGUUUGAAGGUGGCAAAUUUGUUUGACACCUAAGAAAUAUGGUUGGAUGACCACUUUUGCAACUGUAAUACCAAACACUUUUUUUUUUGGUGGGUUGGGGGGGGGGGUUCCUUAAUUCUUUUAUGGGGAAGGGAACUUCUCUGUAGAUGGUUUACCUUUGUAUGAUUCUUUUACUGAUUGGAAAUUCCCUCCAAAGGUCUCAUUUAAAUAGCUGCGAAGUCUUCUUUUUUGUU